GAUCAGUAUCAUGUGACUUUAGCGGCUGAUUGAGAGCAGAGCUGCAGGAACAAUGGCUCAGUUCGCUGAACUCUUCACUUUAUUAUCUUUAUUCUCUGUUCUGGUCUCCAAAGGCUCCUCCUCCCCGCCGCCUGCUAAGGAGCAGUGGGACUAUGUGGAGGUCAGACCAGGGGCCCACAUCUUCUGGUGGCUCUAUUAUGCUGACAGCUACCAGGACCUGCCGCUCAUCCUGUGGCUGCAGGGUGGACCCGGAGGAUCAGGAAGUGGCUUCGGGAACUUUGAAGAGAUCGGACCCCUGAACAGAGACCUGGAGCCCAGGAAGACGAGCUGGGUGCAGGCAGCCAGCGUGUUGUUUGUCGACAACCCGGUGGGAACCGGCUUCAGCUACGCCGAGCGGCCCGACGGCUUCGCCACCAACGUUUCCACGGUCGCCUCAGACAUGCUGGUGCUGCUCCAAAAAUUCUUCGCUCAGAUCCCAGAGCUCCAGAGUAAUCCCUUCUACAUCUUCUCUGAAUCCUAUGGUGGAAAAAUGGCAGCUGCCAUCUCCCUGGAGCUGAACAAGGCCAUCGCCCAAGGCUCGGUGAAGUGUAACUUUGCAGGUGUGGCACUUGGAGACUCGUGGAUUUCCCCGCUGGACUCGGUGAUGACGUGGGGUCCUUACCUUUACGCCACAUCUCUGCUGGACGACUCCGGCCUCAAAGACCUCACCAGUGCAGCAGAGGACGUGAAAGAAGCGGUGCAGCAGCAGCAGUUUCUUAAAGCCACAGAGCUGUGGUCUGUUGCUGAGACGGUGGUGGAACAGAACACCAACGGGGUGAACUUCUAUAACAUUCUAACCCAGCAACCAGAUGAGAAAACUGCCUCUUUUGCAGGAGGGAACUUUAUCUCUCUGCAAGCCCACCGCCACAUUCGCCCUCUGCACAAGCAGUCACUGAGCGAGCUGAUGAAUGGACCAAUCAGGAAGAAGCUGGGUAUCAUCCCUCAGAAUGUGACCUGGGGAGGGCAAGCAGAGGAGGUUUUCAGCAACAUGGCGGGGGAUUUUAUGAGGCCAGUGGUGGAUAUAGUGGACCAGCUGUUGGCAGCUGGAGUCAAUGUCACAGUCUACAACGGCCAACUGGAUCUUAUAGUGGACACUCUUGGUCAGGAGCUCUGGGUGAAGAAGCUAAAAUGGGAGGGACUUCCUAGUUUUACCCAGAUGAGGUGGACCCCCCUCGAUGACCCGGCCUCCCCAGGAGUCACUGGAGCCUUCUACAAGACGUACAAGAACUUUGCCUUCUACUGGAUCCUCAAAGCCGGCCAUAUGAUCCCCUCAGACCAGGGACCCAUGGCUUUGCAGAUGCUGAAGAUGAUCACUCAGCAGGACUGAUGGACCCACUGUGCUGCCAGCUGGGAUGGCUUCGACAAUCACUGAAAUCACCUGCCUCUUUGCUUUCCUAAAAUCUACUUCAAGAAAUUAUUUGAUUUAAAAGAUCUGUAAAAUCCAAGCAACUAAAUAAACUUUU